UAAAAACAGGGGAAUCGCUGGGAGUUGAUUGUUCGUCAAGACGAAGCAUGGCAGGCGCGCCUAUUCCAUUCCACCCGACGUAACGAACCGGGCGCGAUCAUCGCAAAACAAAAGGGAAUGUCGCCGUGUGGAGGAAGCGCCGAUCGAGAGAGAGAGAGAGAGCUCUUUUGCCUCGAAAGGAGAGAAAGAUCUCUCUCCUGCGCGUUGCUUUGCUUUUGCAUUUAUGCUUUUGUAUCCCAGCGGCAAGAACAUGACCAGCUUUAUGUACCCUGGAAGAAAAGAGGGGUUGAAAUGGUCAGCGUUUUGUUUGGCAUGGCUCGGCAGUGACCACCCAGAGAGAUGCGGCAAGCGAUCCUCCAAGGCCAUGAGAAAGGAGGCGGCGAUGGGCGGUGGGCGAACGGCACUGGCGUUUGCAACGGUGGCCGCCAUCGCCCUCUUCGCUAAUUGCUGGUUCUUCUCCUUCUCGUCCUUUGUUCGUUGGCCAGGAAGCGAAGAUGGCGCGUUUACCACUGCGCCUGACAUUGGUGCCAGGCACGAAAUCGACCUCUCUCCUGCCGCUGCCGCUGCCGCUGCCCGGAGCGCCCCCGCCACCGUGAACACGAGCGACCCACCACGAGAAAUCGACAAUUCGCCAGCUCCAGGUAUUGGUUCUUCGUCCCCAUCGGUCGAUCAGCAAUGCGAGGGGUGCGAAUUACCGGGAGGGAAUGGCAGUUCCAGUGACCCAAUAGAGGAAAUCGCGAGCCCAGAGUGUGACAUCUCUGUGGGAAAAUGGAUCCCCGAUUCGAGCCGGACGCCACUGUACACGAACGAGACGUGCGCGUUCAUCCAGCCCUCGCAGAACUGUAUGAUGAAUGGGAGGCCCGAUCGAGGGUACUUGGAUUGGCGGUGGAAACCCGACGGCUGCGAGCUCGAGAGCUUGGAUCCAGCCAAGUUCCUCGACUCCAUGCGCGGCAAGAAGAUGGUGUUUAUCGGCGAUUCCAUCGCUCGCAACCACAUGCAAUCCUUGCUGUGCGCUCUCGCCCAGGUGGAGGAGCCCGAGAAGAUCUUCUUUGACACCGAUGACAAGAUCAUGAAAUGGGGGUUUCGAUCGCACAACUUCACGCUGGGCCACCUCUGGUCGCCGUUCCUCGCGCAGCACGAGUUCGUGGACGAGAUCUACCACAUCCAUCUCGACGUCCCGGAGAGCGUGUGGGAGACGCAGCUCCACGAGUACGACGUCGCGAUCCUCUCGUCCGGCUACUGGUUCUUCCGCCCCAGCGUCUACUACUCCAACAACACCAUCCUGGGAUGCAAUCCUCGGUCGCACCUCAACUUGACCAUCUUCGAGGUCCUCCCGGCCUACAGGCUCGCGCACCGCAACAUGCUCGAGUUCAUGGCCGCCAACUUCCGGGGGGUCACGGUUCUCCGGACGAUCACGGUGGAUCACUUCGAGCACGGCUCCUGGAACACGGGGGGGCUGUGCAACCGGACGAUCCCGUUCGAUCAGGCAGCCGGCUUGGAGCUGCCGUGGAUGAGCAACGAGAUGAAUCACAUCCAGGUGGAGGAGUUUGAGCGAGUGUUGCGGGAGGAUCAAAGUGGGAAGAAGAAGAUGGCGGUGUUGAAUGUGACUUGGAGCUCGUUCUUGAGGCCCGACGGGCAUCCAAACACCUUUCGCGUCCAGCCGCCGGGCGAGAGGCCGCAGAACGAUUGCUUGCACUGGUGCUUGCCCGGCCCGAUCGAUACGUGGAACCAGCUUCUCUUCCACUUGCUGAUCGAGACGAGGAGGAAGAGCGAGAUGGGGGACUCCAAGUUGAGGCAGUUUCACAAGGUUCGAGGAGGAUGAAGUGAUCGAUCUCGAAACUCGAUCGAUCUAUUCUUUGGUUUUCUUUUUUUCUUUUGGUUUUUCGGUACGAUUCUUCCAGCUCGAGCUCGAGCUGUUCUCCGGCUCCGAAGCUAACAGUCCGGUAGUAAGCAUAAGAUCGAAACGUUUUCACGGUCGAUCCAGAAAACUUUUCUUUUACCUCCAGUGUUACCGAUCGAGCAAACUUUCACCAUUUUUUUCUUGCAACCAAUGUUUGUUUUGAA